GUUCCGUCCAGCGCUGCCGCCCGCGCGCGAUAAUAUCUCCCGCCUCCGCUGCCGCGGCGGACGGCGCAGCUUCACCUCACCUCCCAACCGCCCGCGUGUGAGUUGUGACGCUGACCGCAUCGGGAUCAAGCAACCAACACGACACACCCGACAAAACCGCGCCGCUUCUGUGCUCUCUUCUCUUCUCUGCCUACCCAAUCCACUACGCCAUCCGCCCUCUCCUCCGCCUUCCUUCCUGCAACAGCCGGCGCGAAUCGGUUCGUGGUCGUGGCCGCCGUACCGUAGCUGGUCGAUGAAGGUGCUGUGCUCCGCGUGCGAGGCGGCCGAGGCGCGCGUGCUCUGCUGCGCUGACGAGGCCGCCCUCUGCGCCCGCUGCGACCGCGAAAUCCACGCCGCCAACCGGCUCGCCGGCAAGCACCACCGCCUGCCCCUCCUCCCACCCGCCGCCGUCUCUGCACCAAACUGCGACAUAUGCCAGGAAUCCCACGCCUACUUCUUCUGCGUCGAGGACCGCGCGUUGCUUUGCCGGAGCUGCGACGUCGCCGUGCACACGGCCAACGCCUUCGUCUCCUCGCACCGCAGGUUCCUCCUCACCGGCGUCCAGGUCGGCCUCCAGUCUGACGCCCAAGAACCAGAGACGCAGCCGCCCCACGCCUCAGCAGCAGCUCCCCUUCAAACGCCCCCGCCGCCACCCGCAAAGAAGGGGGGCAGCAGCCCGGCGCCGCUCUACAGCGACGACGAAAUCGACUGGGCGACUGGCCCGGACGUCGGCAUCACUGGGGACCUGCCCGACUGGUCGGUCGUCAACGAGCAGUUCAGUGCUCCGGUGCCGAGGCCCGCGGAGUCGGUGGUGAUCAAACCCCCCCCGAAGCGGAGCCCCCGGGAGCCCGUCGCGGCGGCGUUCGCCGGCCAUGGUAGCCUCGCCGGGGGCAUGCCGGACUGGCCGCUGGACGAGUUCUUGGGGUUCUCGGAGUUCAAUGCCGGUCGCGGCUUCACCGAGAAUGGCAUGCCCAAGGCUGACAGCGGGAAGCUCGGGAGCACCCACGCCGACGGCUCGCCGUCGCCGAACGGCCGGUCGUCGUCUGACUCGGCGCAGAACUUCUUCGGUCAGGUGCCGGAGGUCCACCAGUGGUUCGUGCCGGAGCUCCCCUCCCCGCCCACGGCCUCAGGGCUUCACUGGUACGAGGGACAUCGCCACAGCGGCGGCGCCGCCACCGACGCCGCCGCUGUGUUCGUGCCUGACAUCUCAUCCCCGGAGAACCCCUUCCGGUGCUUCGCCGCCGCCGGCCAGCCGCAGCCAGCGCCCGCGAAGCGCCGGAGAAGAUGUUAACGUGACACAAAGGAAGAACGUCGUCUUCAGUACUAGAGUGGCGCAGGUUUGCAAGAAACAAAAGCUUGGUGUGUUCGAUGUUCUAGGUACUUUCAUGGCGAGAAAUCGUAGCUCGUAGGGUAAGUACAGUGCUAGAUGCUACCUAGCUAGGCAGGACGUGAUCGAGACGUGAGGAUUGCUUGGAGAAGAUGAAGCAGACAGAUAGCAGUAGUAGCAGUUCUUGGGCCUCAUUAACUAGGGGAUCUGUGUAACUUGUAUUGUAUUACGUUGCUUGUGUGGAAAAGAAGACAAUAUAAUGGCGAAGAUUGCAUGCCACUGGUACGGCAGUGGUUUUGCUGGUGCGCUA